AUGUCCACCACGCUGCCCCGGCCACCGCGGCCAGCCCGGCCAUCGAACGGCCCACCAUCAAUAGCUCUCCCAGCAUUACCGGUAACUAAGACCAGGAAAAGCACCGGGAAUCUAGCGGCCCUAUCCAACAAAUCGAACCCCGUGGCAGCGAGAUCUGGCCUGCGGGCGCCAUCGGCAAGUCUCCUCCCUCCAGCCUCACCCCAGCCGAGGUCCGUGUCCGGCAUCAACAAUGCGGGGAGGACGAUUAGGAAAACGGUCAGCAUAGCUUCGUUUCCGCAACCGCCUCGUGGCGAUGGCCGGAUCUCGAGCCUCCCCCCCAGCCCGCUAUCUACCACAGCUUCGUCGCGGAAAUCUAAGACGCCGACUACACCGACCUACCAAUUGUCAAGUGGCACGCCGAGCUUUCUCAACGGCACUGGCGAUGGCAAGGCGAUUUCACGGCAAGCCGCCACAAGGAAUUCAGAUGGUCUAAUCAGCAUUGCCUCCCCUCCACAGAGCCGCAGCUCCUCCGCCCAAGAAUCCUACUCUACCUCCGCCACGCAAUAUGACGACGUCAACGACUCGGCGUUUACGAAAUCCGACUCUGCGUUUGGCGGAAAGCGGUCAUCCAAAGAUGGUAAAGGAAAUGUGAUUGUCAGCGUCAGAGUUCGGCCGGAUGCCGGUGGACAAGAGAUCCGACCAGAUGGCGAUUGGAUAGUGGAUGGAAAGAAGUCUCUGCUUGGGUACCGAGGGAAAGAAGGGGGCGACUACUUUUAUGAUAACGUAUUCGCGACGCACGACGACAACUCGAGAGUCUACGACCAUUGCGCCAAACGCCUGGUACGGCGAGUUAUGGAGGGUUACCACGGAACGGUGUUCGCCUACGGUAUGACCGGCACAGGGAAAACGUUCUCGAUGCAAGGCACGGCUUCUUCUCCCGGUGUUAUCCCACUUGCCAUCACCGACAUCUUCUCGUACAUUCGCGAGACGCCAUCCCGGGAAUUUCUCCUCCGGGUCAGCUACCUGGAAAUCUACAACGAAAAGAUCCAGGAUCUAUUGAGCAUGUCCACAGCAACUGGCGCCAAUCAGCCACAGGAAGAGAUCAAACUUCGCGAGGACAGCAAAAGGGGAGUUUAUGCGAGUCCUCUCAAGGAAGAGAUUGUCCAGAGUCCGACACAACUGCUUCGUGUGAUUGCUCGCGGAGAUCAAGCGCGCCGGACCGCGAGCACCCAAUUCAAUGCGAGGAGUUCUCGAAGUCACGCAGUUGUGCAGAUUGUUGUGGAAAGCCGAGAACGGGUCCCGACUGGCCCCGGAGAAAGCAAGCGUCAGGGCCUCUUACCAGGUGGCGUCCGCGUCUCGACGCUCAGUCUUAUUGAUUUGGCUGGGUCUGAAAAGGCUGCCGAGUCCAAGGAACGGCGGCAGGAAGGCUCCCACAUCAACAAAAGUUUGCUGACAUUAGGCACGGUUAUCGCCAAACUUUCGGAACAAAAGGACAAGGAUGGGAAGCCAACCGAUAAGGAUGGCAAGCAUCUGCCCUACCGCGACAGCAAACUUACCAGAUUAUUGCAGGGAGCCCUGUCCGGCAACUCGCUUGUCAGUAUCCUCUGCACCAUCUCUGUUGGCCCAGGCGGUGGCACCGCGGCGUCGGCCACAAAUAUCAACGAAACCCUCAACACCCUCAAGUUCGCCUCUCGAGCCAAGAACAGUAUUGUCAGCCAUGCCAAGCGGGCCGAGGAAGCCUUGGGGGUUGGUGGUGAUGGCAACGCAAGGGUCUUACUGGAGCGUUACCGAAUGGAGAUCAUGGAAUUGCGCAAGGAGUUGGAUACACAGGCCAAGAGCAACAGUAAAAAAGAAGCCGAGGAGGAGAAGGAACGCGACGCAGAAGAGGAGCGGGCCCGAGAGAAGGAAGCCGAGCUGCGCCACGAGGAACAGAUGCUGGAAAUGCAACUGGCCCGGACCGCGUUGAAGGAGAGGAUAGAUCACCUCAACAGACUGAUCUUGAGCUCUAAAUCUAUCGGGGUAAACGCUAGUGGAUCCUUCAGUGCGCUCGGUAUACACCCUCGGUAUUCACAGGGGUCGAUCCGGUCUUCGAUGGCGACCUCUAACGGCGCUAAAUUUGGGCUCGAGAGAACCGAAUCGAUGACUUCCAGCGCCUCGACCAUUGGCAGGAAGUCGGCCGGUCACCGCUCCUCGGGCAGCGGGGAGACACCUGUGGUAAUGGAGGAUGACGACAGCCUAGGCGAGUUCGGCGACGGUACCGCAUCGUUGACUUCGCAAAAUCGCGCGCUCCAGGCGGACCUCGUCGACAAGAACCGGUACAUUCAGACGCUGGAGAAACGACUCCUGCAGGCUCGCCGCGCUAGCUCCUCGCGCACUUCGGUCGGCUUGUCGGGGGGCAAGGGGAUCAUGGUUGGCGAAGACCACAGCGUCUCCACGCUCAUAAAGGAAAAGGAUGCCGAAAUCGCCGAAUUACGUGCCCGCCUCGAUGACAAGGACCGGAUGUUGGCCGCUCUGCGGACCGCCGCCCGAUCGCGCGACAAUGCCGAUCGUACCGAUCGUGUCGAAUCCCGCAUCGAAUCUCGUAACGAAACACGGGCCGAGGUCCGCACGUCGCUCAUCCUCGACAGCGACCCGGGCCCAGCGCCCACAGGCAGCCCACCCGCAGCGCCCCCACCGCCUUCGUCCUCGCUUCUCCGCCAAGUGUCGCACCUCCGCAAACGCACAAAGAGCGUUGACGAGAUGAGCAAGAUGCUCGACGAGAUGAUCCAAGAUCGCGUCGAGAGUGGCCAGCUUGUGCGCGGAUCGCGCGGCAGCGUCCGGUUGGUUUCGGAGAACCGCGGGAAGAGCGAGGCCCGCGAACUGCCACAACACCGUCCUCCUGCGGCAAUUGGCCCACCACCUGCUGCUUCACCGCCCCCACCAGUUGCGGGCCCGCCGAUUCAGUUGCAAUUGCUUUCAAGGCAACGGGCGUCGUUUAUGGCGGAGCCGCCAAAGUCGAUGGGGUUGGAAGCUUAG